AUGGCGCUUUAUUUGCACGCAGUGUCGGUAAAAGCAAAUUAUGAACUUGGAAAGCGCAUUAUCUUCGCAUUUCAUCGCAUUGCAUGGCCAGUACCUUUACUAAUAAGCCUUAUAGCUUUACUGGCUGGUAAGCUGGGUGGAGGAUGUGCUGGUCGUGAUAUCGCAACAGCGAAGUGGUGUUGGAUUAAAGAGAACUGUGAUAAUGGAACAAUUACUACGCCGCGCUACGAGAGUGUGCUUUGGAUGUUGCUUGCUGGCAAACUUUGGGAGAUUACGAGUUAUAUUCUCAUCAUAAUUGUCUACGCUCGCAUCUAUGUUUAUGUGCGAAAACAGCGAAAAUUGGUAAGAGUUUUAUGAUUUUUAUACAUCCACUGUAUAUAUGAAUAUGAUGCUUAGUAGCAAUGUUUUAAACUGAUAUUAAUUAUAUGUCAAUAGAAAUCAUUCUAUGCUUGAGAGAUGUCAAACCAUUUUAAAUGAAAUAGUUAGGAAGCCAAAUAUGGCAGGGCAAGCUAAUUAUUACAGGCCCUAUAUAUCACUUUUCCUCCGCAGAGGUUUUCAUGACGUAGUAAUCGUAAAUACUGUCCGUGUCCUCAUCAACCUUAUUACAAGGUGAUAGGCAACAGAGUUGUUCUAACAAGUCUGAUAUCGUGUGCAUGUCUUGAUGUUAACAAACUCGUAGCAACUUGUCACGAACAGCUUGUAUUGAAUAAUUUGUAGCAAGUCUGUUACCGUCAUCAACGUUAUAUAACAAAGUGAUAACAACUUGUAACAACUUUACGGGUGUACUUUUAGGGAAAAUAGUAUAUAAUUAUAGAGUUAUAUUGGACCUAACCCUAUAUGUAUGUCUUUACAGGUGGAAGACCAGUCAAACUCAAUGGCAGUAGCACGUUUCCGUGCAGUUGAAAUGAGGACAGUCUUAAUACCAGGAUUCUUUAUAUUGAUUCGUAUUUGGGGCACUCUGCAGUUCCUUAUUUUUGCUUUUUCUGGUGACAAGAGUACACGGGUUCUGACGUAUUUCCAGGUGAGACUGAAUUAAAUCACGUGUAUUGUAAUGCUGCAUGUAUAUUCAUAUAAAAUUAAACCUCUCCUCUAAGACAGACAUCUCUCUAAUACGGACUCGUCUCUAAUACAGACAGCUCUUUAAUACAUACACUUCUCUAAUACGGACACUUCUCUAAUAGAGACACUUCUCUAAUACGGACACCUCUCUAAUAGAGACACUUCUCUAAUACGGACACCUCUCUAAUAGAGACACUUCUUUAAUAGGGACACCUCUCUAAUAGAGACACUUCUCUAAUACGGACACCUCUCGAGUACAGACAUCUCCAUAAUACAUACACCUCUGUAAUACGGACGCUUCUCUAACGGACACCUUUCUAAUGCAGAAAGCUCUAUAAUACAUACACCAUCCUAAUACGGACACUUAUUUAAUAGGGACACUUCUCUAAUACGGACACCUCUCUAAUACAGCCAGCUCUCUAAUACAUACACCUCUCUAAUGGAGACACUUCUCUAAUAUGGACAGCUCUUUAGUACAGACAGCUUUUAAUACUAAUUCUCUUAUACGUAUUUAAGCCGUUGCAGUAAAGAAUGAUAAAAAACUGGUCAUUUUACAUUGUUAAUGCAAAGUGUUUUAUCUUUUUUAGGCAUGUGGUGACGGCGCCCAAGGUUUUGUGAACGCAAUCCUAUUCUGUUUGAUAGCUGACAAAUUGAAAUUAUUUUUCAAGAAAUGUUUCAAUAGGGAGGGAGGCGAGCGAGAGAGUUUGCUUCCAAAGAAUAAAAGUGUCCAAAACAGUGCUGAGAAACAGCCCAGCAAUCCAAUUUGA